UUCAAAAUCUAGUAAUUAGUAAUAAUUUUUAUAUUCUGUGGUACUAAGCAAUAUGGCCUAUUGGGAGGGGGGCUUGAGUCCCCCCCAAAAAAUUUAGUCAAUUUGCGUCUAUGGACUUAAGCCUUUCUUUAUAAGUGUAUAUUAAAUAAAAGUAUUCUUAUUAAGACUAACUGUGGGUUGUUGAUAGUUUUUGUUUUGUUGCUUCUCUACCCAGUAGGUACCCUAGAGGGAAGUUAAUAUAUCGACACGAGUUGGGACGUAAAUUGUGUAUCGAAUAGUAUCCGGCUCAAACUUACUGUGAACAAAGAUAUAUAAGUAUAAAAUAGCUAGAUAUAGCUAGUAAGAUUUUCCAAAAAACAUGAAUAAUUCCUAUACUACACAGUAUACGGGUUAAAAGUAGUAACUCGGGCGUACGCAGUGCAGCCUGUGGCCGUUUAAUCGUGCGACUCAUUUCGGUACGUUUUUUCAUGUGGACGGCCGUACGAGUUUUGUAUCAUUGCGUUAACAGUUGCGGCCACAGAUAUAUUUAAUAACUAUACAACGGCCCACGAGAGUCCAUACGUAAAAAAGCGUCCGUCGCUGCGCAUCGGUUCCCCUUUUAUACGCCGAAUCAUACCGAUCGGAAGGCUGUAUUCACGUCGCCGAGUAGUGGGAAUGGCACUAUGGUGGGAGAAAAUUCAACCGGCAGGCGUCGGGUACGUCGGUAUCGGUGCGCGGUUUACAUAUGGACUCUCGUGGGCCGGAGUACCUAUAGAUACCCGACUCCAAAUACGACAACAUUAUGGCCCAACGCCGUUUGUCACUUGGGCAAUGUUUACAAAUUCUAAUCGUUUUAACUGGCAACGGGCUUGUUUGAUAUGAAAUGUUGCUGUUUAACUUACUAACGAUUAGUAAACAUUUCCCAAGUUGUAAAUAUAAAAUAAAUAGGCCAGUGUUAUUGAUAAGAAGAAGUCGGGUAUCUAGUUAUUAUAUAUAUUUGUGGUUGCGGCCGAUGAUUAUUGAUAACAAAUGGAGUAAAGCGAUUGGUGGUCCACGGUACGUCGGUACCUAUCACAAUAUAUUUUACAUAGUCUUCCCGUCGACCGUCGGCGUUUAUUUGUCGAGCCUUGGCGGAUUCUUAUUUUUCAUUAGUCAUUGCUUGCAGUAAAUAAUAUUGCAAAACAAACAAUUCAUGACAUCAUCGAUGGAACGUAUCAUGCAUAAACCCAUAAAAUUGGAAAGAGUCGACUCAAAUGAUAAUCAAUUGUCUGGCAUUCUAUUGGAUGACGCAUCCAAUAACCAAAUACAAGUUUUUCCUGGUCAAAUAAUACAAAGUGUUAAUGGGCAACAACUGUUUAUUCAUUCUGCUGCUCAAGAUGCAAGCCAACUAAUACAACGUGGUUCACAGAACAAUCAACAAUUGCAGCUACUACAAUUUUCCUCAACACAACCACAAUUGAUUCAAGCUAAUGGGCAAACAUUUAUUUAUCAACCGAUACAAGUUGGUAAUGUACAAGUUAUUCCACAGCCACAACAACCACAGCCAAUGUUAAUUAACAUAAAUGGGAAUAUAAUGCAGUUAGAUACUACAAUAACUAAUAAUAUUCCAACUGUGGUUACACAAUCAGCUGCAACCAUUCCUAUAGAACAAGUUCUUCAACAAAAUAGUUUGAUGAUUGUACCAAAUAAUACAAUUAGUAUUCAACAAGAGAUACCUUCAACACUAGAGUCGGCCAAAGAAGAACCGGUAUAUGUAAAUGCCAAACAGUAUCAUAGGAUUAUGAAAAGAAGGCAAGCUAGAGCAAAACUAGAAGCUGAAGGAAAAAUACCGAAAACUCGACAAAAAUAUUUGUAUGAAUCUCGUCAUAAACAUGCUUUGAAUCGUAUACGAGGAGAUGGUGGUCGUUUUCAUUCUGGAUCAUUGGAGAGAAUAAAUAUGUCAACUAUUGAAAUUCAACAAAACCAACAGUAUCAAAAUCCAAUAAUCAAACAUUGUUACUCUCUGGCUGUUAAUCAAUCAUUUGAUAGUACAUAAUAAGUACAAUUAUAUAACAGUUUUGUUUGUAGUAUAAAUAGCACGGGUAUUACACAUAUUAUCUGAAACCAUCAAUUAUUUACUUAAAAUAAG